UUAAAAACACUAUAUAAAAUAUUACUGUUCACCUUUGCGAAUAAUGUUUUCAUGCCAAGAAAUCCUCGCUAAAAAUUCCGGUCGACCUCCUACGGCAUCCAUUAGUAGUUAAAGAUUUGAUUUCAUUCAAUAAAUUAAUUUAUGACCCGCGUGUACGUCUCACUUAAAACACAGCCAUAUACCAAAUGGUCAAAAUUAAUCAUCCAUGUAAUUUGCUCUAUGGCCGGAUGUUUGCAAAAUUUCAACGGAGGCAAUUUCUUGGCAUGGGAGAAAGGAAGAAAGACCAUUCACAAUUUGUCUUACAUUUGUUUUUCUCUCUUUCAUUUAAAUAAAAAAAUAUUAAACCUUUCAGAUGUAGAGUUCAUAAGAAGGAAAUAUUCCCUGUGGAACACCCUCUCUCCCCUAUUUUUUUGUGCUCUCUAUUUUCAACCCUCCAAUCUAAUUAAAAUUAAAACUUUGAUUUCUAACCGAUCUAUUCAUGUACCGGACCGGCACAUUUUUUUAUUUAAUAAGAAAAUCUACAGUGCCGUUAUGCACAUGCAUGUUGAUUGCUUGGAGUCCCCGCCCGAAAAGAAAGAAAUAGUCUAACUCCAAGAUUCUAUAUUCCUGAAUCACGUGAUUUUUACUAUCUGGAGCUUAAAUUAGAAUAAAUACCGAAUAUGGAAAGUGAAACUACAAUUCAUAACAUAAAGUCCGUUGGCAAAUAGAAGAAAAAGAAGAUUAUUUUUGGCAAAGGGUACCGGGGUUAUCCUCUUUGUGUUCAAAAUAUAUACAUGAAAUAUUUGCCACUGCCCCGUGUCUCGGUUCUAUGAAUGUUUACCUUGAGUUUUCUAUCUAUUACAUGCCAAGAAAUCCUCGCUAAAAAUUCCGGUCGACCUCCUACGGCAUCCAUUAGUAGUUAAAGAUUUGAUUUCAUUCAAUAAAUUAAUUUAUGACCCGCGUGUACGUCUCACUUAAAACACAGCCAUAUACCAAAUGAUCAAAAUUAAUCAUCCAUGUAAUUUGCUCUAUGGGAUGUUUGCAAAAUUUCAACGGAGGCAAUUUCUUGGCAUGCUUCUUUUAUAUAAUGAAUUUGCUCUGGCACUGUCCUCUUUAAUAAAUUCUUUUCCUCUUGGCCCAGUAUGGUGCACUUGAAAUGAUGGCUCUUGGCCUUUUUUUGUUUACCAGGAUUUCUAGGCACACAUGCUUAUUUAAUAUAAGGUUUACUUUCCUGGAGAAAAUAAGAUACAAACUCAUACCGUACUUAAAUUUUCAUUUCCUUUCAUGAAAAAAUAUUUUUCAUUAUUAAAUUUCAUAUAUAAUACGAUAUGAAUUUCUCGAAAAAUCGUUUAUAAUUGAAAUUAUUCAUGUUCAAUAAAUUUGUAUACACGAUACACUAUGUUGUUACACAUUGCUUUCCAUAACUUAUACGAAAAAUGAUGCUAUCCUGAACUGACAUACCUUUAUACAGCUUCUGCAUCCGGGAACUAACAAAAUGGAGUUUCAGAAGUAAAAACAUGUAACCGAUGUUGAGAUAUAAUGAUUAACCAAAUUUCAGCUAUAGCACUACGACUUCAGUGAAAUGGCUAGUACAUCUACAGCUAAAUCGUCAGUUACCAAUUAUGCUCGUCUUGGAUGUGCAGCACAAAGUGAGCUACCGAACGUUCUUCAGAAGCUACUUACCAUUAAAGAGCCACAUCACAUGUUGUAUAUGCAUGUCAGUGCAAACAAAUUUUUAUCUCGGACUUUAAGAGCACAUGAAUGGAAACAGAUCACUGGUGCACAGUUAAAUGGCUAUAGUAAUCUAGAUAUAUCAUUAUGCUACAAGUUAAUUCGAAAUCUAAAUUUGGUUCCUCCCCCAACUCAAGGGUGGGAUUUUCCAGCAGACCCGACAUCAUUGGAGCUAACAGUUGGCGAUGAUAUUGAGCGUAUUCGAAGAAAACGUAAUGAAGUUCUUCAUCGGGGCAAUACACUGGUAACAGAUCAGGAAUUAUCUGAUUACUUUACAAUCUUCAAGGCCAUAUCUGGAAGGCUAGAAAUAUACCUCGGAACGGCAAUGAAUGAAUUUGUGUCAACAUUUGAGCAUUUAGAAUCCUGUUGCAUGGACAUAGAAACAGAAAAGAUGUAUAUGGAAAAUCUUGAAGUCCUUAGGAGAGACGAAAAUACGUUUAAAGAACAAAUUUCCGUGGUGAGAAAUACAGUUGAGAUGAUCAAAAAACAAGAACAAGAUUUGAAAAUUACACUAAACGAACAUAAGGUGAGUAUACAGUCACUUGACAACGAGAUAAAGAAUACAGCAAGCAAAUGCAAAAGUGGAACAGAGACAUUGGAAAAGGUUACAGAACAACACCAGCAGUACAUUAAAACUUUAGAACAGAGUACCAGUUCACAAAACGUUAGGAUCAAAUCGCUGGAAGAUGCGACUGAAAAAAGUGAUUACAAGACUGAGAAUUUAAAUGCUAAAACUGACGACCAUGAAGUCAAAAUAGAAAAUUUAGAAGUUUCAGUUGAUGAGCAUGAUAUAAAAAUAGAAAGAUUGGAAGACACAACAGACGAACAUCAAAAUAUGAUCGGAACAUUAGAAGUUCUCACAGGCCAACACCAGGGUAAGAUCAGUACUUUGGAAGAACAGACAAAUCAACACAGUGAUCAAAUAGUGGAGAUAGAAGAACAUACGACUGUACACAAAGAACAGAUAGGGAAACUGAAAGAAAUUACAGACAUUUCACAGGAAAAUAUGAGAACAUUGAACGAAAGAACAGACGUACAGCAGGACAAGAUAAGAACAUUAGAAGUGGAAAAUUUAACACAGGAAGAAAAAGAACAGUACAUACAAACUCAGGAAUAUCAUAAGAAGAAAAAGAUGGAGUCGUUAUAUACUGCGAUUGACUUGGCACAGGAACAAUAUAAAAACGAGUUAGCGCUUUUUCAACAAGCUACUAUUGAAAAAGGAACAGCAAAUGGAAUUACAAUAGACGCCUUAACGGAUCAAAUGUACGCUGCUUCAGAAAAUGAAGACAUGGAUUUAUAUGAAUCUCUUUCUGGGGAAUUCAACGCAUUUAUUGAAAAUAUGAAAAGAGAAUCGCAAGACGCCUCAGAUAUGGCGAUGCAAAGAUCCCAACAACAUGAAACUCAUAUGUCAAACUUAAAUCGUGAACUUCGAGCGACAAUGUUAGACCAACCAGUUUUAUCAGACGAUUACAUAGCGUUGAAAACAACGAACAGACCCAAGGGUGUAAACAACGAUGAAGUAUAAACUGUGUAUCCAGAAAAGAGAUUUUGUUUUGCAAAUAUGGAGAUGUAUUUAGUUUUUGUCAAAGGAAACAUACUGUAUGAUUUUAGAUGAUGCUAUUUUCAAUGAUGAUAUUGAUUUCCAAUUGGUAACAUUACAGUUUUCAAACCAUUAAAACAUUUCUCUCACCUCAUACUCCAUACUUCUAAUGUGUGCGUUUUAACCACUUGGCACAUACUGAAUAGUUAUCUUUGAAAUCAUUCCCAAAGUUUGUGAGCGUUACAUUUUUUAUUUGAAGCUCAAAGAAAGUUGAUGUUACUGCCGUUACAAGAAACAACUUUGGCAAAUGGUAAUUUAUAUCCUAUCGCUAUGCGAAUUUGUAAGAUAAUUAUUGUUUAUGUUACGUGUAAAUGCUACAUGUUUACCGUUUUGUUUAUAUCGAAUCAUUAUAUUAACAAAUAAUAACAUUCACGGUACUAAUUUUACUGCACCAGAUGCGUAUUUUGCAAUAAAUAUUCUUCAAUAAUGCUAGAGACCAAACUAUUUGAAAAUCAAAAUCUUUGAAAAUUGACGACCUUAUAAACCAAAACAAAAAGUAGACCUAAAAAGCAAGGAUUCGGAGCCUUGCAUGUGGGAGAUAUAUUCCUUAAUUUAAAAAUAUUUUUAUAAACUUUGCAAUUGUUAAUUUUCAUGUUUAAAACAGAUUGAAUGUCAAUUAUAAUUAAUGUAGCAGUAGCUGUAAAAGUUUUUUCAAGAAUGGCACGUUUUUGGGUAUGGGCGUUAAAGAAGUUUUGAACCUUUCUGAAUGAGAAAGAUAAACUGUAUAUAGCAUAAUUUCGAUACCCAGCUUUUAUGGUCCUGUUAUAAAUAAAGGCAACAGUAGUAUACCGCUGUUCAAAAGUCAUGGAACAAAUAUUUGAGAUAAUUGUAUAACUCCUUACAUAUAAUUACAACAUUAAGGAAGUUUUCGAUUUUACAUUUUCCUUUAAGAACGGCUAUUUCCCAUUGAUUUCUAGUCAAACUAUAUGCAAUCUUUCAUCUCGUAUGUUUUAAGAUGACGGAAGAACUAAUUCAAAUGAAACAGAUAAAUCUCUUUCCGACAUUUACAGAAAGUUUUCUACAUAUCCAUUAGAUGUAAUCCCUAUUUCUAUUCAAAAUUAAUCUUCGUCUGUUAUCAUAGAUAUGCACAUUGAAAAUAUCAAUCACUUUAUUGUCAAUUGAUUAUAGUUUACUUUUAAAAUAGUCGCAGCUACAACACUUCUCAAUACCAAAUAAUAAUAGUCUAAAUAUUCGGCUCUUCAUUAUUAUUAUGCAUGCAGUUUCAAAGACAUAUUUAAUAAAUGAAUGCAUAACCUGCUCUAAUUAUAUUUUGUAAAUUCAGAAAUUUUUUAAUUUAAUAAAGUACCUUUGAAAUUUAUUUUUUUUAUUCUUUCUUACGAAAAAGUUGUUUUUUAGUUAGGGGAAAUGUCAAAUUGAAAUAAGCAAAAAAUUAUACAAGGAAAUGUAUAUAAAGAAACAAAGGUUAAUGGGUUGUCUUUUGUAUAAUAAUUAUUCUUAUAAAAAGAUGAUAGAUAAUUUUUUUCUUAUGUGAAAUUUAAAUGUCAUUAAUAGAUAUGAUUAUGAUUGAUGAAAUAAUUUCCAAUAGCAAGAAACCUAUUGUUGGCUUAAUGAAUGUUUGUAUAAUACAUUUCUUUAUUUUUCAUUUUUUCCCCCAAAACUAACAUUAUCGGCGUAAAAAAAGUACGGGCCAGAUGAUUUACAAAGGCAAUUAUUAUAGUUCAAUUGUUAACUGUCUUCUCAAUUUGAAAAUCCGAUUAUUCUACUGGACUAUAAGGAUGCUUGAAAAAUAGUAUCCAUAUUACAUACCAAUAUUUGACAUAACUAGUAACAUGUGCCAUAGUCCAGUGGCAUCUUCCGGGGUACUUGAUAUCAACAUCGGCUUUUGAAGGGUUCACGUUGCUCCGUCUUUAGUUUUACUAUGUGUUUUGUAUACUGUUGUUUGUCUUUUUAUCAUUUACAUUUUUACCAUUGCUCGACUUAUGACUUUAGAUGUCACUUUUGUAUUUUCGCUUCUUUUUUUGCAAUUUGUUAAUUUAUUAAAUGUCCUUGUCCAUCA